GAUACCUGUUCGACCAACCACUUCAAGAAUCAACCAACAGGUGAAGAUGGUGGUCAAGACAAGAGCUGAUGAAAGAAGAUGUGGGUGAACAUGGGCCACAGGAACAUCGCAGGCAUCGGCGAUUGAUUGAGUUGCGGCACAACUUGCGAGUGGCUCAGCGGCAAGACUUGUCUCCUACCUUCAUCUUCGUUGUCUUUCCUCUCCGCUUUUCAGUCACUUUUGCUCUGGAACCGGAAUAUUUCAAUAAUGCGAAUCAGACUUCAAAGCUCGCCUUCACUUCCUUUCUUCAAAGCCUGGUUCUGCCCGAAAUCUGAGACGUCCAUACUUGAGCUCAAGCAGAACAUCUGUGCCGAUGUUCAGGCUCUUCGUGAAGCUGACAUUGUAGCACAAGAUGUAACUCUACUUUUGGAUGACUUUGAGCUCUUGGAAUCUAGUCCUCUCAACGUGAUACGUGACGGAGACCUCAUAUUUGUAAAACGUACCGCUGUACAAUCUAGCAAAAGGAAAGCAGACCAUGUUGAUGAUAAUGUAAAAGCAAAGCGAAGAAAAGUAUCGCGUAUCGCUACUCUUAGCCCACCGCCCGUUGCCCCUGCUCAAGCCAGACAAACUGCUAUUCCACCCAACAAAGCUGCAAGUCAACGUCCUGAUUAUGAAUCCGAUUCUUCCUCUCCAUCGUCUUCAGACUCGGAGCUAGAAUCUUCAAAACCAUCGUCCUCAGAAUCCAGUUCUGCUGAGUCAUCGUCGGAUUCGGAUUCAGAUGAAAGCAGAACUUCAUCUGAGUCUGCACCUACCAGUCUGCCAAGCAAGCCGACUAAACCCAUUACUCAGCCUGCAAACGUUUCACAGGAACAUCUCAUUCACCAUAUCCCACCCGGUCACGGCAAAUCUUCCACGCAUAAUCGCAACUUACGAAGACGUCGUAAGAAGCAAUUCGAAAAGCUCGCGUCGCAAACGGAACCAAAAAGUGUAAAUGACAUUCCUCUUGGAAAAAAGGAUAUACCACUUCAGUUGAACAAGUCUAUUUCCAACACACCUGGACCUUCGACUUCCCCAGACAAAACCCCCGCUCCGGGGAUUAUGAUGGCCAGCCUUUCGAAUAAGAACAAACGCAGGGGCUUCAAGAACACCAUGACGAACCCCCUCGCAGCUAAAAUCGUGUUCGAUUCUUCGGACGAGGCUCAAAAUCAGACUGCAGAGACCAGAGGGGCUUCCCAAGUCGUGUCUGAGGCUCUGCCCUUUGCAGAGGCGCCCAGGGACGAAAUCGUCAGUGCGUCCUGGACAACUCGACCUCGCCUAAUACCCCCGUCGGAGAAGCAGGAGAAUGGACUGAUCCCUUCGAAUAUGUUCGUGACCAGCGUGGACGUGGAGGAGGGCUUGCGACCCCAGAAACGCAAAAAGAAAGCUCGUGCUGUUGCCGAGGCUGAAGCUGAAGUUGAGAUGGACUUCUUGGAUUACGGAGAGGCAGACCAAUCAGUCGAUGUGGUUACGACUCAACGUUCGCCAGAGAGGACUGCAGUGCCUAUUCAGGCGUGGACCGAUGUUGCACUUUCAGCUGCUGGGCUGGUCGAUGAUAUCACACGUCAAUGGGACAACUUGGUCAAAGUUACUGACCGAACGCAGGUGAUCCCAGGCACAUUGCUUGCAUGGAAGGAACUGGGCAUAAACCCGUCUACAUUUACACCUGAAAUGCUAGUCAAGGUUGGUACUGUGGUGAAAUUCGCCGACGACAAGGUUGUGCUGGAGCAACAGACGGACUCAAAUGAAAUGACAUUGUCUUUUGGUGGCGCGGUUAUGGACGAGGACAUAGCUCUGGAACCAACUCUUCUUGAAGUUGGAUGGGACCAAAUCGCCGGGGGUGACUAUAAGUUCUACAUUUCAUCAUGAUAUACUACUGUACUGUACAAGCUACAGCUAACUGCUAAUUUAAAAAGAUGUGCUAC